ACGAGCAGACCUACGAAUUCGAUUCGAGGAUCAGGUGGACGGAUCGCGAACUCGAAAGGCUCAUCGAAGAUGAUUGUUCGUGCGUGAAUUUAAUCAGGGCGAAAAAGUGUAUAGGGCUGCCUCCCUCUCAUUUCGCAGAUGAUAAUAUUUUUCGUAUUGCCUUGAUAGAAUCAAUGAGAAAAUAUUUAUAUCGCUACGAUCGUGUAUUGGAUGGAUUGCUAAUAACAUACCGGAAUGGUAAGUUUUUGGGCUGCAGCGGAGAUAUGGUGAAUGGUUUAUUAGAAAUACAAUGUAAUAUAGAAGCAGAUUUUUAUAUUUUCCAACCAAAAGUUGGGGAACGCUUAAGAGGGAGAGUAAAAGAAGUUACGGCUGAUUAUAUAGAGCUAGUGAUCCAUAAGGGUAUAAAUGCCACAAUUCCUAAACCAUUAUUCAGUGAUGAAUUGUGGAUUGGUGACACAUUAUCUGUCAAUCAGAAAGUACUAUUUACACCCACUAUCAUUGAUCUUCGUUCUUACUCUCUUGACAUACAAGGAACUUUCAAUGAAACAUAUGAACAUAACUUUGAAUAUGAAAAGAACUUAAUUCUUUCAUCAGAAUCUGAAUCAGAUUCAGAAGAACAAGAUGAGAAAGAAGAAUAAGAAUGUGUUUCUUUGGUCUCUGAUUGGUCUUAGCAUUUGAAAAGACUGUGUAUAGUAUGCUGCUUAUGCAAAGGCGCAGAAUUUAAAAUUAAAUUCACAUUAACAUUUUAUUUAUAUUAGAAGUAAGGAAUUGUUGUGAUAUUAUGAGUUAAAAGAUUAUACUGAAAGUUUAUAUGUAUGACCUGUUAAACUUGUGAAGAAUAUUUCAAUCAAAGAAAUUUUAACCCCAUGUACUGAAAUAGUAGAUAAUUUAAAACAAUGCAUUUUAUAUAAACUGUAAAUAUAAACUAAUUUUAAAAUAAGCAUUGUCUAUAAAAUUU